AACAUUUAAAGGAUCUCUUUAUAUUGUUUGAACAACAGUUAAUUUUUCAAGGUAAGGUGCAAUUCGAACACGUGAUAAUGAAGAGCGAGUCUUCCCAUGAAAUUGAAUCAGUUUUUGAGGAUUGUGAAGAUAAUGAACAAUUUUGGUCUGAAGAAGAAGGAAGUGAUGUUGAAAAUCAACUUUUCAACACUGUAAUAUUUGUUAAUGAAGAGGAACUGGAUUGUAUAACUGUAGCUCAAAUCCUUCAGAGUGCUGCUAUAAAAGAUAGGUGGGAGAUUGCAGAACCAAUUCUAAUGAAGGAACAAAGUCUUGUUCAUAGUGGUGACUAUGGAGAAGGCUCUGAAACAUUACUUCACAUUGCAGCAGCAGCAAAAAGUAUCGGAUUUGUGCGAGAGCUAAUUAAACUAAUGAAAGUAGGUGACUUGGAGAUAGGUCGGAAUACGGCAUUUCACGUUGCAGCAACGGUAGGUCACAUUGAAAUAGCUAAAGCAAUGAGAGAAAAGAAUAAGAAUCUACCAAACAUUUUUAAUGAGGAGGAAAUUUUAGCAAUCACUCUGGCAGCUGAAGCUGGGCAUAAAGCUAUGGUAACAUACCUUAAUGAGGUCACAGAUUAUGAUGUGAUAAAGCAACAACUCUUGGUCCUUCUUGAGAUCACUAUCCAGAAUGAAAUGUAUGAGGUAGCAUUAAAUAUAUUCAACAAGGACAGAAAAUUAGUAGUCACUAAAAUGUUAGAAGACAGAAAUAUUAAUUUGUUGAAGACGUUAUCUGAAAAGUCCAUAGCGAUCAGUGACGCUUCUUCUCCGGUGUGGAGAGUGUUGAAAUUGCAAAAAUUGCUUCCGGAAAGAUAUGAAGUUGAGAAACAAGCUAGGCUACUACUUGAGAAGCUAUGGGCGAAGUGUCAAAGACGUGGAGAGGAUCAAAUUAAGCUAUAUGAACUAGUGACAAAGGAAAUAUUGGGCCACUCUGCUGCAAAAGCAGGAAAUCUAGGGUUUUUACUUGUGGUUGCUCGUGAUUAUCCUGAGAUCAUGUGCUCAUUCGACGAUAAAGGGUAUACCCUUCUCCAUGUUGCAGUUUUAUAUCGAGAGGAAAAAGUCUUCAGUCUUAUACACCGAAUAGGAGGAAUGAAAAACAUAAUUUUUCAAAUGUUCGAUCAUGAUGGCAAUAACAUUCUACAUUUGGCUGGCAAGUUAGGGGAGCCACAGAAAAAUGUCCAAUCUAAUGCUGUUAAGGAGGAAGAGAAGAUUAUGCCCCCAUCAUUUCUUAGGAUUUCUGGAGCAGCGCUUCAGAUGCAAAGAGAGAUAUUGUGGUUCAAGGAAGUGGAGAAACUUGUACCGCCUUCAUACCAAAAGAGGAAGAACAAGGAUGGGAAAACCCCUAGAGAAUUAUUCACGGAAGAACACAAGAUAUUACUAAAAGAAGGGGAAAGGUGGAUGAAAGACACUGGAAAUUCUUGUAUGAUUGUUUCAACUUUGAUUGCCACAAUGGUCUUUGCUGCUGGAUUCACUGUGCCAGGCGGUUAUAACAGUGAUAAUGGCAUUCCAAUAUUGCUAAAUUUGAUUGGAUUCAAAGUCUUUGUCAUAUCAGAUGCAGUGGCACUAUUCACCUCAAUCGUUUCCAUCAUUAUGUUCUUGUCCAUUCUCACAUCUCGCUAUGCUGAAGAUGAUUUUCGUGUGUCAUUGCCUGCCAAGUUAUUCUUCGGACUCACAAUGUUGUUUGUCUCGAUAGUUAUCAUGCUCGUGGCGUUUACAGCAACCUUCGUUUUGAUCUACAGUAGUCAUAUAGGUUGGGAGCCAAAACUCAUUGCUGCUUGUGCUGGUGUUCCUGUGGCUUUAUUUGGGUGUUUACAGUACAAUCUAUGGUUUGAUGUGGCAAAAUCGACAUGUUCGUCCAAGUUUCUUUUUAGAUCGGGAAAGCACAAACUCGAUUAACCACCUUCAUAAUUGUAAAGUUUGAGCAUGAAAUUCUCAGCAAUGUUAUUUGGGAUUGGUAAUAAUUAAUAGUUUUAGCACGUCGAGUUUCUUUUCUCAAUUGUCAAAUUAUUUGAUUUAUUAUGAAAUUCUUUGUCUAGUGAUGCUGCAUAUUGCAAAAACAA